GAAAUAAAUAAAGCUGGUGAGAAGUGGGUUGCAUCUCAGGUUGAACAGAUUCUACCUAGAACAGACCCAACUCCACCUGUCAUCAUGACUUUCAACGGAACUUGGAAAGUUGACAGAAGUGAAAACUAUGAAAAGUUUAUGGAGGUUAUGGGCGUUAAUGUCAUGAAGAGGAAGCUGGCAGCUCAUGACAACCUGAAGAUCACAAUCCAACAAGAUGGAGAUAAAUUUUCAGUGAAGGAAUCCAGCACAUUCCGUUCCAUUGAAAUUAACUUCACUCUUGGAGUCACCUUUGAAUAUUCUUUGGCAGAUGGAACAGAGCUCAGUGGAUCUUGGCAAUCGGAGGGAGAUAAAUUAGUUGGAACAUUCACCAGGAAAGAUAAUGGAAAGGAACUGAAGACAUACAGAGUAAUAGUUGGAGAUGAGCUUGUCCAGACAUACACAUAUGAGGGAACAGAAGCGAAGAGAAUCUUCAAGAGAGCCUAAGGGUCCUACGCCUAUCACCAUAGCAAUACUACAAACUCCUACUUUGUUAGCACAGUUUCUCGAGUAGGCAAGCAACAGAAAAAAAGAAGAAA